GGGUGACUCCGAGGCGCCGCCUUAAAGGGGCCGCGGCACACAGCCGGGCGGCGCCCCUCCGUGCGUCCCCCGGGCACCGGCCGUGCACUGCCGGCAGCUCCCGCCUGCCGCGCGUCGCGGGGGCUUUCGCAGGAGAAGUGAAAAGCGCAAGUGCAACGCAAUGCGGUGGCGUGCGGCGCUUCCUCGUGUGGGGAAAGACGCUUCCCCGAAGCGAGCGUCAUGUGACGGGGAGAAAUCCCCUCUCGGAGAAGCGAGAACAGACGUCGCUACUGUAACAGCAGCCACUGAGCAAAGCUCAGCGUCAGGCACCGCCGGACCGGCACCCCCCGGGCACCCGCAGGGCUGUGGUUCAGAUUCAAACCGUGUGGAAUUCACAGAAAAUACUCCUUAGCCUCUUCUCCCGAUGCCCAAAUCCUACAGAAAACAAUGAAACUCUUGGUUUCAUCCACUUAAAAAGACAUCUGGACUAAGAACCACUAGCUGUAUCAGAAACAUGGUUGCCCAAUCCCCUGCAGAAUGAAAUCCUGACAAUAAAAUGGUGCUUUAUAGAUAAAUUUCACUAAAACACUCAAAUCAUCACAACGGUGCUGGGAGCAGCACUGCGCAGGGCCGAGCAACACAGCGGGCAGCUCUGCCCCGUGGGCACCAAGCCCAGGGAGGGGGCACGGAGCACAGAGCGGGGCACGGAGCACAGAGCAGGGUACGGAGCCAGCUGUGCUCUCCACAGCCACGAGAAGCCCCCGGUCUGACCCCUAUCAGCCUGCCUGCUGCCUGUGAGGGAGGCCUGCAACAAAGGACAGCUUUCCAUCCUCCUGCGUUAUCUUUGGGAUGCGCAAUAAUCGGAAUAGUCUUUCUUUGCAGGUCUCCCCGCGUGGCGAUGCGAACCGUCAGACGUGGAAGUUCUCAUCUGUCUCGUGAGAUUCCCCGACCCCCUUUGGCACGGCCUGGAAGGUGGUGUCAAAAGCGGAGCUCUCCCUGCCAACCUCCACCUGAGCUCUGUUUGCAGCGGGCUGCAGGCAGCCCAGCAGCACGUUGGGUGUCCGUCUCUCCCCCCCCCCCCGAGCCGUGCCAGGAAGGGUCCCCUCGGUCUGACGCUCCAGGCAAGGCGUUUACAUCAAGGCUAAGCGUAACCCCACGCAAACGCCGUUUGUUCCAAGCGGGCCGGCAAUCAGCACCCAGCGCAGGAGCCGCCCGCCGCCGCCCGAACUGCUUUCCCCGGGGAAGCGAAACCUCCCGGAGCCGCAGCCUCACGCCGGGCGCAGCCGUGACGCUGCCCGCCCACCGACGGCGGGGCGGCCAUUGGGAGCGCGGCCGUCACCGCCCCGCGCCGCCGCGCUGCGGGGCCGCCGGGCCGUCGCCGGGCCGCGCAGGGGCGAAGCGGGCUCCGUUCCGCAGGCGAGGAGCGGUGAGGCCGGCGGCGGGCAGACAUGGCCAUGUCCAGUUCCCUUCUGUGGGCUGUUGACAUUUUUGGGAGGGUUUACACUCUGUCUACGGUUGGCCAGUACUGGGAGCUCUGUAAGGACACACAGCUGGAAUUCAAGCGGGUCUCUGCUGUCAAGCAGUGCUGCUGGGGAAUUGCCUGCGACCAUCAGGUGUACACCUAUGUAUUCUCGGGUGACGUUCCCAUCAGAUACCAGGAAGAAACCUAUGAGAAUCAGCGCUGGAAUCCAGUCGGGGGCUUUUGUGAGAAAUUAAUGCCCAGUGACCGCUGGCAGUGGAGUGAUGUGAGCGGGCUGAAGCAUCAGCAGCUUGAUAGCUUCACACUGCCUUCACCACACUGGGAGUGGGAGUCUGACUGGUAUGUGGAUGAAAAUAUUGGAGGGGAACCAACAGAGAAAGGGGGCUGGACUUACGCCAUAGACUUCCCCAGCACCUACACAAAGGAUAAGAAAUGGAAUUCUUGUGUGAGACGCAGGAGGUGGAUCAGAUACAGGAGAUACAAAUCACGGGAUGUGUGGGCAAAGAUCACGUCACACGAUGACCCAGAGCGGUUGCCAGACCCUUUCAAUGACAUCUCGAUUGGAGGAUGGGAAAUCACUGAUGAGCCUCUUGGCCGUUUAUCAGUAUGGGCAGUUUCUUUACAAGGAAGGGUGUGGUACAGAGAAAAUGUUUGCCAUCACAAUCCAGAAGGUUCCACGUGGUCCUUAAUCAGCACUCCUGGUGAAGUUGCACAGAUCAGCUGUGGGUCCUAUGACCUCCUUUGGGCAACCCUUUGGGAAGGGCAAGCUAUUGUGAGAGAAGGAAUUGACAGGAAUAACCCUCAAGGAAUUUCCUGGAGCACUGUGGAGUCCCCAAGCUCUGACAAUGGGAUCAUGCACGUAUCUGUGGGCGUUGAUGUGGUAUGGUGCAUCACAAAGGAUCGAAAAGUAUGGUUUAGAAGAGGGGUGAACUCACAUAAUCCAUGCGGAACAAGCUGGAUUGAAAUGGUUGGAGAAAUGAUGAUGGUAAACGUAGGCUUAAAUAACCAGGUCUGGGGAAUUGGCUGCGAUGACAGAACUAUCUAUUUCCGUCAAGGCGUCACGCCAAGUGAGCUCAGUGGGAAGAUGUGGAAGGCAAUUGUUUGUGGUCGAGAGAGUGACAGAUCUCAGACGGGGAGCUCAACAAGUCUGCUCAGUGCUGGCUGUUUCUUUACGGAUGAUAUUCAGAACCAGACAAACACCGUCAUUCAGGGUGAUGCAGACACCUCCUCGGACACAGAGCUCUCAAGCAUACCCACAAACCUCAGCAGCACCCCCCCAAUGGGAGCAGCAGCCAGCAGUGCCAGCAGCACAGGCAGCCAGGCAGCAGGAGCACCUGCCAGUGUGACUGUGGACCCUCUGGACUCUGAUCAAGGGGAAGCCCCCGCCGCUUCAGCAAGUGACGAGAAAGCUCACCUGGAAAGCCGUAAAUCCACAAAUCCAACUCCUUCCACAGAACUGCAGUGGACGAACAUUGACUUAAAGGAGGCACACAGGCAUGCAGUCCUCUCUGUCAGCACCUUCACAGAAACAUCCAGCCUGUCUUCCCUUGGCAUGUUCUCUGUGGGAGCUGAAGAACAGUACGGAGCUGACGAGCAUCCGCUGUGGGCCUGGGUGUCCGGGGGAGGCUGCCUUGUAGAUCUGCACAGCCCGCUGAAAUGGUUCGCUGUCCCAUCAGGUCUGUCGUCCUCUGUGCAGUCUCUUUCUCUGUCCAUCACUCCAGCACAGACAGCAGCGUGGCGAAAGCAAAUCUUUCAGCAGCUCAGUGAAAGGACGAAGCGGGAACUGGAGAACUUCAGGCACUACGAGCAGGCUGUUGAGCAGUCAGUUUGGGUCAAAACUGGGAUGUUGCAAUGGUGGAGAAAUUGGAAGCCUCAUAAAUGGAUGGAUGUGCGAGUGGCACUCGAGCAGUUCACUGGGAGCGAUGGAAUGCGUGACAGCAUCCUGUUCAUCUACUACAUGUAUCAUGAGGAGAAAAAGUAUAUCCACGUGUUCCUGAAUGAAGUCACUAUUAUAGCUGAAGUUCUGAAGGAAGGCAAGCACUCCUUUGCCCUGUACACACCUGAAAGGACAAAGCAGCGAUGGCCAAUCUGCCUAGCAGCCACAACAGAGCAAGAAAUGCAUGACUGGCUGUCUCUGCUGACCAUGUCUUGUUGUGAAAGCAGACGGAUUCAAGGCCCUCCUUCUCACCAUGCCAUUUGGUCAGUUAGCUGUAAAGGAGACAUCUUUGUUAGCGAGCCGAGUCCUGAGCUGGAGGCUGAACCACACCCGAUGCCCUGCGAUCAAAUGUUUUGGCGUCAAGUCGGAGGUCAUCUUCGACUGGUAGAGUGCAAUAACCGAGGCAUCGUGUGGGGCAUAGGAUAUGACCACACAGUGUGGGUCCACACUGGUGGAUACGGAGGGGGCUUCAUUCAAGGACUGGCCAGUAGCGCUGAUAACAUUUAUACGCAGUCGGACGUGAAAUGCGUUUACAUCUAUGAGAACCAACGGUGGAACCCAGUCACUGGAUAUAGCAGCAGAGGCCUGCCCACAGACAGGUACAUGUGGAGUGAUGCAUCUGGCCUGCAGGAGUGCACCAAAGCCAACACCAAGCCUCCUUCACCGCAGUGGUCUUGGGUAUCCGACUGGUAUAUCGAUUUCAGUACUUCGGGUGGAACUGACCGGGAAGGCUGGCAGUAUGCGGCAGACUUUCCAGCGUCCUACCAUGGCCACAAGACAAUGAAAGACUUUGUCCGACGGAGGCGCUGGGCAAGAAAAUGUAAGAUAGUCACCAACGGGCCAUGGCUGGAAGUGCCUCCUGUUACCCUGUGGGACAUCUCCAUAAUUCCCAGUUCAGAUGCAGAUGAUGAAGAAUCAGUAGCACUGUGGGCAAUCAGUGACAAAGGAGACGUGCUCUGCAGGCUUGGAGUGACACAGCAAAACCCAGCUGGAACAUCCUGGCUUCACGUGGGAACAGAUCAGCCCUUUGUUUCCAUCUCAGUUGGAGCAUUUUUCCAGGUGUGGGCUGUUGCCAGAGAUGGUUCUGCCUUCUAUCGGGGCUCAGUGUCUCCAAAGAAGCCUGCAGGUGACUGCUGGUACCACAUUCCUUCACCUCAGAAACAAAAGCUAAAACAAGUCUCAGUGGGACGAACAUCGGUGUUUGUGUUGGAUAAAAACGGCAAUCUGUGGUACCGGCAGGGCAUCACACCGAGCUACCCGCAAGGAUCUGCCUGGGAUCAUGUCUCAAAUAACAUCCGUAAAAUGUCCGUGGGGCCCCUGGACCAGGUCUGGGUGAUAGCUGACAAAGUGCAAGGAAGUCAUGGUCUGAGCUGUGGGACCGUCUGCCACCGCACUGGGGUUCAGCCGAUGGAGCCCAAAGGCCUGGCAUGGGACUAUGGCAUAGGGGGUGGAUGGGAACACGUCACAGUCAGAGGAAACGCCAGCCAAGCGCCCAGGGGCACCGUGCCCAGCGAGAGCCCCCCAGAGCCCAUGGAGUCAGAAGGCAGCGGAAGGAAAGGGCAAGCAGAACGCUCCAGAACCCCUCUGAUGGUCAGUGAAAGGCAAGAGGUGGACAGCAAUGCAGUUAACUGUUAAAUUGUCACUGUCUGCAUUCUGCAAACAAGCGGUAGCCAGUUUAGUUUAAAAAGAAACUCAACACUCAUUGCCUGAGAGAAAAACAUGGUGUUCUUGUGCUACUGAUGUAUUUUACCAAACUGGAACAUGCAAGGGGGUAAUUUAAAUAAUGAUUUCUUCUACUAGGUCAUGUGUAAAAUGUGACUUCAUAGAAGUAAUAGUUUUGCCAGGACAGGAGAGCAUUGCAGCCAACCGUGCAUCUCUGACCCGUUAGCACAGCUGCUACACAACCAUACGAAUGUGAAAUUCUUUGCAUACAACCAUUACAUUUUUUGUUUUUUAAUGAACAGUUCCCUGUCCCUACACUUCUCUGAUACAUACCUUUCACAGUAUACUUUAGAUUCAUAGCUGAGCAGAGACAUCAAUAGAACUGAAUCUGAGGCAGUUCCAUUGACUUGCACUGUGAACAUAACUACAGUCCCAACUGUAUAAACGUUUAGGCAGUCACAUAACCUUGCUCACGUCAGUCCUGCUUAUGUCAGCCUGUAGACCUUCAGUCAUGUUACUCCUGCUCACAUCAGUAAAAUUAAACUUUAUAUGACUCAGCUUACGGUGCAGUUACCAGUAAGGGACAAUUCCUGCCAUCUUGGCUCACAAUGAGUAACACCUUAAUCAAGAAGUGGAAUCACUGGUCUUUGCACGACUGUGUAGGUAGCAUGUCCAAUUCAGUCCUGGUAAGAGAGGCACGGCCUCAUGCUAAAUUGUCCCAACUGCAAUAAAUCUCAUCUCCACCAUAACUGGCACCCCGAUAACUGGGGUACAGAUGCCCACCUAAUGACGCUGGAAGGGACCCGACACCAGAGGGGUGAGGCUGUGUUCCAGAGAGCUGCAAGGUUUGCUUUCAUACCACAAAGAGAAGAGCAGGUCUUAAAUAAGAUUCUGACUUCACAUUGGUAGGAAUGCAAAAGAAGUUCACUAAUCCCAGGGGAUGUUGCCGCCAUACACUAAUGCAGACUCGGGAGGCGGCUGUGCUCUUUACUGAGCAAUUGAUUCGUCCCUUUCUUACAAGAAACCACUUUUCAUUCCCAGAAAAGCUUGUUUUCCCCUCUUUUACUUAUCUUAGUUAAACUGUGACAUAAAAUUAUUAUUUGAAAUCUAACCGUGUAAGUGCUAAGAAAGCACGCUGCCCUGGCAGUGUUUACAGUCCUUUUCCCUGUGUGUGACUGUGCACGAAGUUAUUUUUGUAUGACCAGCAGUGCGGUGUGGUCUCAGUACUGUAUUUGUAGAACUGAAACUGAAGUUUCCAAGUAUUUAAAGAAUAUAUUUGAUAUAAUAAUGCCAAGGAAAGCGCUAUUUCCAAGUCUAAAUGUGAACGAGGACUGAGGGUGCUGUAGUGUUUCAAAGCCUGCUGAUCUUUCCCACUGGCGAUGACCCAUCUGUUCCGUACCUGCAUUGUGGAAGUACCAUAAGGAACGUUUGCAUAGAUUACCAUACGGAGAUUUUUGCUUAACUUGCACAGUAGCUCAUCCAAAUAAAAUCUUUACCGUAAGCAUUUUUA